AGAAAUGUCAAAAUGGCGUCAACGCAGGACGCUUGGUAUAUCUCAUUACUAGGUUUAGCGGAACAUUUUCGUACAUCAAACCCUCCUGACAUAAAAAGCUGUAUUCAGUGUCUUCAAGCAGUAUUUAAUUUUAAACCACCACAGAGGGUCGAGGCCAGAACACAUUUACAACUCGGUAAUAUCCUAUUGACGCAUACUAAAAACAUCGAUUUGGCGAGAACGCAUUUGGAGCAGAGUUGGUGCUUAUCUCAGACCAUCAACGGGUUCGAUGAUGUCAAAUUCGAAGCUGCAAGUGUGCUGGCGGAGCUGUUCGAACAGCAGGGACAGCCUUCCCAUUCUAAACCUAUACUACGAAAGGCUAUCGAACUGUCACAACACAGUGUUUACUGGCACUGCAGGCUAAUAUUCCAGUUGGCACAAAUCCAUGCAACAGAGCGGGAGUAUGAAGUGGCAAGCAGUCUCCUCGGUGUGGGAGUGGACUAUGCACAGAUCUCCAAUGCUGCUUACACAAGAGUACUGUUUUUACUCAGUAGGGUUAUGUUACUACUAAUAGACAAGAAAAUCCAAGAAGUGCUACCUCUACUGAAUCAGGCUGGACACCUUGUGGAGACAUGGGCUGGCAGCCCACAUCAGAAGGAAUACUUGAAAGUCUUCUAUUUUGUACUGCAGGUGUGCCACUACCUGAUGACUGGCCAGGUGAAGAGCGUGAAGCCAUGUCUGAAACAGCUGCAACAGAUCAUCCAGACCAUCAUGGCGCCCGGGUGGCCGGAUGACGACGCCGUGUGCGGCGCGCCAGCGGCGGGCGCGGCGGCGGGUGCGGGCGAGUCGUUCGUGUGGCUGUCGCGCCAGCAGCUGUACGUGUUGGUGUACCUGGUGACAGUGAUGCACGCUGCGCAGGCGGGCUACAUGGACAAGGCGCACAAGUACACAGAGAAGGCGCUUGCGCAGAUCGACAAGCUCACCUCGAGCGAGGAGGUCAGCGAAGCGGCCGGAAGUAGCGCGGGCGCAAGCGGCGCUCGGGGCUCCGCGGCUCUGGCGUGGCGGCUGCGCAUGGCACUACUGGAGCACGCGGCGCUGUGCCGGCUCGUGGCGGGUGGCAAGGCGCAUGCGCUGCAAGAGAUUGCACGCGCAGCCACCCUGCUCUCCUCCGCGCCCAACGCGCAAACGGCGGCUACGCAUACUCCACAGCUACAUUGCCUGCUGGGGCUGUACGCCAUGUCCAUGAACUGCAUGGAAGCAGCUGAGGCGCAGUUCCUAACCGCCAUUAAUAUGUCACAAGAAAGGGAUCUUUGGAUGUUUGCGAAAUUAAAUCUGGCAAUUGUUUACUUACGGGGAAGGAGAGACAAUGACUUGGCACAACUAAUGGAACAGGUAAGGCCGGAAGCAUUGCCGGCGUACGCACACGGACUAAGGGCCGCUUCGUAUUACGUAUUGGGCUUGCAAGCAUUCUUCCAAGCGCGAUACAAUGAAGCCAAACGAUACUUGCGGGAGACUUUAAAGAUGGCCAAUGCGGAGGACCUGAACCGUCUAACGUCAUGCUCACUGGUGUUACUCGGCCACAUAUUCCUGUCCAUCAACAACUCCCGAGAGAGCAUGAACAUGGUAACGCCAGCUAUGCAGCUAGCGAGCAAGAUACCAGAUGUACACGUCCAACUGUGGGCAUCUGCUAUAUUGAAAGAUCUGUACCGGCUAGCCGAAGACACGGAGCGUGAAAAUGAAGCGUACCAAACGCAUUGCAACUUCUCACAGGCGCUACUAAAGGACCACUUCGCAGCGUCGCAGAUGCCUCAACACGCGCUUGUGCAUUGGACCACCGGGCCCCCGCCCGUGCUGCCUGAAGUCCCGGCCCCGGGGACGCACACCUCCUAAACCAAAAGUGCGGCAAUAAGUGAAACAGUGCAGUGUCACUGUUCACACCCUCGUAGAAACACCAGUGUGUCAGUAUGUGUGUUACAAAACUAAUGUCACAAUAUGUGUACUAGUGCAGUGAACCCACAGUGAUAGUGCCCCACGAAAACAUACUAGCACAACAUUAAAUGUAUUACAAUACUUUUACAAUUCUGGUGUUACAACAGUGUGACGAAAUGUGUAACAGAACAUUGAACCCAUAGUGACAGUAUAUGCACCAAGAACAAUUGUGACAGAACAUGGGUUACAACACUAGUGUGGACAAAAUGUGCAGUGAACCCACGUUAACAGUGUACACCAAAAUCUUAAAACUACUGAUGUGAAAAUACGUGUGUUAGUGCGAAAAUAGGCGUGUUUCAACACCAAUGCGUAUCUAUCGGUCAGUGAAGUGACAGUAUAUACAGCGUUUCCUGAAGUACUAAUGUUACAAUACAUGUGCUGCACAGUGGAACCACAGAAGUGUAAAUACUAUGUAAAUAUUUAAUGUAAAUUUGACAAUUAUUGUGAUUGUGACAUUUGAUAUAAAAAUCGAAAGGUACAGUUUCUUGGAUAUUUUAGUGACCCCAUUGUACAUUUCUUUAUUAUUGAUAAUUCCUUCUGAUUUAAUGUUAAAACUUUUUAUUUUUUUAUUAGUUCUCAUUGAUGUAACUGUAUAUCUGUUUUUUUAUAUCAGUGUGACACCCUUAUCUUAAUGUGGUUAAACAGUUUGGAUAGGCACAGCAAUGGGUCUGUUUGGAAUCUUUACAUAUGAAAUGAUAAAGUUAUCUUGCUGUUAGAGCUAUGCAUAGACACUAAAAACAUCUAGAAGUAAAUAUAUAUUAGUAAAAUGUUAUUCUAUAAAGGUGCAUUUACACCAAACAAACAGAGUCAGAGCUAGAAAAGAGCUUUCUGUUUUGAUCUUUUAGUGUAAACUAAAGCCGUCGUCUCUCGAAAUUAUUGUUAUAAAAAAAAGUUUAGCUGUGUUUUCUGUAAACAGACUUAAAAUAAAAUGAGAAGAAAUGGACUUUAUAUAGCAAAGACUUUUCUUCUUGUCCUAUUAAUACUAUUUAAAUUCUGGUAAUAGCGACAAUAAAUAUCAUAUCAAAUGGUGAUGGCAAUGUUGUAAAUUUUUAAGUUUAGUGUAUUUAAAUUUAUUUGUAAAUAAAUUAUAUUUAUAAUCUGCGCCAUUAAAGAAUAGAUUUAUUUAAAGCGUACGGUGUCGUGCUAUCUCGUUACGCUCAUAUAGUGUGCGCAAAAGAGAAAGUAAGACUUCAGCCAUAUUUAAUAUAAUAUAUAUACAUAUAUUUUAACAGUGCAAGUUAUAGCAAAUUCCUUCUCUGUCAAAUGUUUGAUCACACUAAAGAAUGUCAUUAAGGUCAUGUUAACUAGUGGCUAUCUAGCUUAUUAACUCAUAACUACAUAAUUAUAUCUUAAAUUAUUUUUUUUUGAUAACCCUUCAUUCCUAGGCUUUUACUACCCCACAACUGGGACAUAGGCUGGUCUUCUAAAAGUGGGUUGUACAACAUUAGCCUGAUAAAUAGCCAAGUAAAUAAUGCUGAAUAAUCAUAGUUGUAUUUAUAUUAUCCCAUAAUUAACAUCCAUAUUGUUCAAUAAUAUUUAUGUUCAUUGAAUUAUGAAUUGUUGUAUAAAUUAAUGUUAGUAUACAGGUAAUUACAUAUUGCUGCAUCAAUUUAUAUUUGUCUAUACAUAUAUGCAAUUGUAUGAAGAUGGCUCUUAAAAGUUAUCAGAGAGUUUUAGUUGACAAAUUCAAGAUACAGCUUCCAAAGCGCUUCAUUUGAUCAAGCAGUUACCGCCGACUUUGUGCAACCGAAAGAAACUAAUUAUACGUUUAUAUGUUUUAGAAAUUUUUAUAGAUUAAGUAUCUAUAAAAAUAUCUAAAGUAUAUUCUAUUAAACUGCAAUUUAACUUAUUAUGUUAAAUUAUGUAAUUGAAAUUUAUCUGAAGUUAAUUCAAGUUGCACAUUUAUUGGUAAAAGUGUUCAUGCGACAAAAUGAGUGUUUUGCUUUGUUUUAUACUUUUUUUUUUAUUACACUAAUAAUUCAUAAUUCAUUUAUUUCAUUAACUGUGUACAUAUAAAUGGUCUUAUGACCCAAAAAUGGCUUACAAUUUGCCAUUUCAGGCGCAGUGAGCAUUAUAUAAAAAAAAAAUCAUAUUAAGGCAUAUCCCACAUGUCAAAUUUUAUCUAAAUC